AUGACUCCGACCCCCUCUCUGACUGACCGGCUGCCAACAUCAUACGACGCUCUAGAUUACGAGCGAACUUCCCUCACCCACGAGGACGUUCAGAACAUUGUCGAAGUCUACAACGCCUACCUGACGACCUUAACCAACAUCGUCGAUCAUCGCUCGGUUGCCGAUUUCGUUCGUCUUCAGAAACCGGGGAACUACGGCGAAGUCGCACUGGCUACGGCGGCCGGUCAAGUCGCCAACAUAUGGCUUGUAGGCCGAAUCCAAACCAUUGAUCCUGCAGGGGGAAUCGUGCCAAAGAAGUAAGCGAAGCCACGUGUUACUGGAGAUCUACGCUAGCGCUAACCAAGAUGCCGCAAACUUCUAUACAUGCCCCUGAACAGCCAGCAAUGGCGCCUCGAGCGAGAUUGCGUCAGGCCUGAAGAUCUCGACCGGGAGAUUCGACUGGAGCUGUUCGAGUCCGACUCGGAGGUCGUAAAGUUUCGAAAUUGGCUCCAAGGAGGGGUGUCUCAAGCCCUUCAUCAGCACUGGAAACUUCCCAAGAAUCUUCAAGGUGAGCCGCUUGCUGAACUUAGGCGGUGUUAGGCGUGCGAGCAGGGUGCUGAUUCUGCUGCUGCUUCCCAUCGGCUACUUUAGAACUUGCGGAAGUGGCAUCGCCAUUUGGGCGCAACUCAAAUAGUGCAUACAUCCACCACCGUGUGGUGACCACAAAAGAGUGAGUGCGCGUUUUCCUCACCUACUAAGUUCCCGCAGAAGGGGCCAAACUAACACUGGUUUCACAAUGGCAUCCUCUGCAGCUGUUGGAAUCACGUCUUUGGCCGCGACAUCCCGUUCCCUGCCAGCAUCAAAGCCUCUAUCCCUCCUUGGCUGGGGACGGAUAGUGAGGAUCCGGCAAGGGAAAGGGAAGAUUUACAAUUUUGGAAGGAGCUGUUGCAGCUCCGCUUUCAAGGAAAACCGACGGAGCUGGCCGCGCCGACGCCCUUCCCGGUUUCCUUCGCAGACGACCCGAAUCGACAAAAAUACGCACACACAAUUCUGCAAGCAGUGGAUGUGUGUGGGAUUAUGUGCAACGUACAGAUCCAUGUGUACGAGGACAAGAGAAAAGAGCAAUGGAUUGCACGCUGUCAAUUGACCCCGGUGGCAGCCCGUAUCCAUAUUAUUGUGGGCCUGCCGCCCGAAUUGCGAUGCUUGCAUGAAUGGACGCCUCAAAAUUCCGGAAAGACUUCAUCGGCCAUUCCCCUGUGA